CAAUCUAGCCUUCAAGCUCAUGCUUCUGCUGGACAACGCACCCGGGCAUCCAACGUUUCUGAGAGGCCGUCAUCCUAACUGCGAGGUCGUGUUCCUUCCCCCUAACACAACCUCCAUAAUACAGCCCUUGGAUCAAGAAAUAAUCGCCAAUGUCAAGCUAGAAUUCUACAGGAGAACUUGGAAGAAGCUUGAAGAAGCACUGGACACUGAUGAUAUCCUUCUGCAAGUGGAGGAGGAGAUUGACGAGCCAGACCAGCAGACAGGCGACCCUUCAGCAGAGCUGCAAGUGGAGGAGGAGAUUGACGAGCCAGACAAGCAGACAGGCGACCCUUCAGCAGAGAGACAGCUGCAGGUGGAUGAUGUGCACGUGAGUGAUGAGCCAUACGGCCAGACAGGUGUUCAUCCACAAGCAGAGUCAGCCAUGCCACUGACCACUGCAGAGGUUGGGGCCCCACACCACUCACAGACAGUGCAGCACACACCUGAUACAACAUUCCAAGCAGCGCCGCCAGGCAGACCCAAGCAGAUUAUGACUGCACAGACUUUCUUUUGUAAUUUUAAUAUCAAGAAAGCAGUGGACUUAAUGGUAGAAUGCUGGCACUUUGUCAAUAUUGCAACGGUGAAGCAUGGAUGGAGGAAGGUUCUCCCGUGGGUGAAGACAGAAAUGAGCGGCGGUGACAGGCAGCGCGUAGCGGCCGCUAUGGACACGUUGCUUCAGGUGGCUAAAACGUUACCCAUCACGGGGUAUGAGAAUGUCAGUGUUGCUGAUAUGGAAGUUCUCAUUGAUGGAGGAGUCGCUGAACGUAGCAGAAGACAUGAUUGA